AUGGUACAGAAAAUGGCCCUGGGGGGCCACAGCAACCCCAGGCAGUCGAGUCCCAGGAGUCCACGGCAACCCCCAACACUCAGGCCCUGGGAGUUCAUAGCAACCCCCAGCACACAGGCCCUGAGAGUUUAUAGCAACCCCCAGCACACAGGCCCCAGGAGUCCACAGCAACCCCCAGCACACAGGCCCCAGGAGUCCACAGCAACCCCCAGCACACAGGCCCUGGGAGUUCAUAGCAACCCCCAGCACACAGGCCCUGAGAAACACAGGCCCCAGGAGUCCACAGCAACCCCAGCUAACAGGCCCCAGGAGUCCACAGCAACCCCGAGCACACAGGCCCUGGGAGUCCACAGCAACCCCCAGCACACAGGCCCUGGGAGUCCACAGCAACCCCCAGCACUCAGGCCCUGGCAGUCCACAGCAACCCCCAGCACACAGGCCCUGGGAGUCCACAGCAACCCCCAGCACACAGGCCCUGGGAGUCCACAGCAACCCCCAGCACACAGGCCCUGGGAGUCCACAGCAACCCCCAGCACUCAGGCCCUGGAAGUUCAUAGCAACCCCUGCACUAAGGCCCUGGAAGUUCAUAGCAACCCCAAGCACAAAGGCCCUGGGACACUCAGGUCCCCAGGAGUCCACAGCAACCCCAGCACACAGGCCCCAGGAGUCCAUAGUAACCCCCAGCACUCAGGUCCCCAGGUGUCCAUAGUAACCUCCAGCGCUCAGGUCCCCAGAGGUCCACAGCAACCCCCAGCACUCAGGUCCCCAGGAGUCCACAUCAACCCCAGCACACAGGCCCCAGGAGUCCAUAAUAACCCCCAGCACACAGGCCCUGGGAGUCCACAGCAACCCCCAGCACUCAGGCCCUGGAAGUUCAUAGCAACCCCCAGCACUAAGGCCCUGGAAGUUCAUAGCAACCCCAAGCACAAAGGCCCUGGGAGAGUCCACAGCAACCCCAGCACACAGGCCCCAGGAGUCCAUAGUAACCCCCAGCACUCAGGUCCCCAGGUGUCCAUAGUAACCUCCAGCGCUCAGGUCCCCAGAGGUCCACAGCAACCCCCAGCACUCAGGUCCCCAGGAGUCCACAGCAACCCCAGCACACAGGCCCCAGGAGUCCAUAAUAACCCCCAGCACUCAGGUCCCCAGGAGUCCACAGCAACCCCAGCACUCAGGCCCCAGGAGUCCACAGCAACCCCCAGCACUCAGGCCCCAGGAGUCCACAGCAACCCCCAGCACUCAGGUCCCAAGGAGUCCACAGCAAACCCCAGCACACAGGCCCCAGGAGUCCACAGCAAACCCCAGCACUCAGGUCCCCAGGAGUCCAAAGGAACUCCCAGCAACCUCCCAGAAGUCCACAGUCCUCAUGCUAAGGCCCCUUGUAGAUGGUAG